CCCUUCUUCGACGGCUGACUGUACAAGCGAUGACCGACGAGUUUCGCGUUCUCUCAAAUCGCGGAUUAUAUUUCGUGCGAUUUGUUUGACGGACGCGAUUUUCAAAGAGGAAAUGAAAAUAGAAGGCGCGAUAAAUAGUUUUCACAUUGAAAAUAAAUUGACUUAAUUCUAAUAAGAUAAUUACUUUCACCGGAUACCUCAGUAAUUUGAUUAACGAAAUAGGCGCUUACAAAAUUAUUUCACAUAUCAGUGAAUUGUUAUUAGAAUGUUUCCAUGUGUAUGACCAGUUACUGAUUUAAGUGUGAUGUACUGUGUGGUUCGUUUAAGUGACAAAGCAAAAUCGUCGGCUCCCGUUCGUGACUAUUAUCCCAUACGUGAUUACGUUGGUCCGGGAACUGGCCACUUGGUUUAGUCGCCGCGGGGAGGCUAAAGCGGCAAAUACGGAGGCGCAGAACUUGCAUCGCAUCAUUUAUCGUCAGAAUUGCGAUUUAAAGAUGGUGCAACAAGAUUUGACUUAGGUGUGGAUUUUUGGACAUGAAUGUGAGAAAUGGCUCGGCGUGGCUCACCGGUGUGAGCUCGGUGUGAGCUUGGGACACUAUUCGUCCAGUGCAGUGUAGUGUGUGUCUAGUCAGUGUGUGUGUUGAGUCGGAAUGCCCUCUGCAAUGUUGUCGGCAGUGCUUGAAGAAGAGCCUGAUCUAUAUGAGGCGUUCCCACCUCAUGUCGACCCCACCGGCAUCACAAUCUUGACUGAUAGUCCACCAGGCAAGAAAGCGCCCCUCAAAACCUACGAAGAGGUCCAGCCCCUCCUUCAGCAGGGCCGGAAGAGGGAUCUCAAGAUUCUCAUAAGAGAGAACUCGUGGCCGAUCAACAGCGCCGUCCGCGCGUCCCUCUGGCCAGCCCUCUGCAAGCAACACCAACAUGGAAAGUCUAUGCUCGACGGAUUCUACUGGGACAUGGUUACGCAGGUUUUCGGCACAGUGGAACUGCCGGACAAGCCGAUCAUGCUGCCCCCCUUUGUGGAGGCGACACAUUGCCUCGGCUACCACCUGACCCGCAAAGGGCGGGCGGUCGCUGAUCGAGUGGUCUCCGUACUCGGCUAUGCGUGCCCGGACAUCACAUACAGUCCCAGUUUGUACCCCAUCACUGCGGCCCUGCUGCAUUUUAUGCCUGAGGAGGAGUGCUAUCACUGCAUGGCGAGUCUGGUCGCCUCGAAAGAGAAAAUGUUCAUCACACAAACUAAAUUACUGAACGAAGUUACCUGGAAGACUGUUAUGCAAAUUGCGAAAAAACAUGCCAAGUCGGCGGCUCAACAUCUGUCGCGGCUCUCGGGCGCCAUCGGCCCGGAGCGGAUCUACGCAGACUGGCAGUGGUGGAUCCUCGCUGCGCUGCCCUUCCCGCACCUUGUAAGGGUGCUCGACUGCUUUUUUCAUGAGGGCAUUAAGGUGUUCUACAGGGUAGCGUUAGCGAUUUUAAUCCUAUUCCACAAGCACUCGACCAAUCAAAACUCAGAGUGGUAUGCUGAAGCCACGAAGAACGGCGUCGACCACGCUGUGGACAAAUUCUGCAGGAAUAUGCCUGCAUCGCCCACCAAGCUCUUACGGACAGCUUUCAGCAUUAGAGCACUAAGUUCACAGUAUAUAUCUCGAGUGUUCAUAAAGACGGAAAUGACGCUCAAGUCGAAGCAGGUGAUCACCGGUUCCCGACUGGUGCGGUCACGGUCCUCCGACAAUUUGCCCACCAGCCAGUCACAAGUUAACAUUCAAAUGAUGUCACACACCCUGACCAUACGCGAGAGAAUGUCUGAGGAAACGUGCAAACAGAUGGGCUCGCACUCGCCCGGCCCGCGCGCCCUAUCGAUGGGCGUUUACCCUAUACAAGCGAUCAAGUCCCAGAUACUUGACCAGAGCGACCUGUUCACGUUGUGGUCGUGGCUGCCCGUGCGCAUCACCAUGUACCAGCCGGUACUCCUGUACACAACUGAAGAGCAUGGCUGCUCAUUGACAACUUUCUAUGUGAGAGUCGAACACCAUGAACCCACUCUACUCAUGAUAAAAACGUGUAACAACGAGGUGUUCGGAGCGUACUGUUCCACGCGUUGGUUCGAACGAAACCAGAAAGACGAACGUGGCAACAGGCAGGCCUACUUCGGCACCGGCGAGACAUUCCUCUUCAGCCUUUACCCGGAGCGCGCCAAGUACCCGUGGGUGGGUUGUUCGGCCAACGCGGACGGCAAGGCCGAGGAACGCGUCGCCCACGGCUCCGAGCUCUUCAUGGCCGCCGACUCCAAGAUGAUUACCAUCGGCGGAGGAGACGGACAAGCGAUAUGGAUGGACGAGAACAUAAGGUUCGGUAAGACGGACCGAUGCUCGACGUUCAACAACCCGCCCCUGUGCCCCAGCGGCGACUUCGAGAUCCGCGUCCUCGAGGUGUACGGCUUCUCCGGAGCGUAGGCGUCUCGGCUGCACGUGGACGCGCUCCAAGAUCUACAUGGCUCGGACUCGACGCCAUCCGGACAUUCAGGAGUGAUAUAAUCUCGAAGUGUUACUAUUUGUUACGAUAGUGUCAUAUCCUAGAGUGUGUUAUUUGUUGUGAUCGUCGGCGCUUGCGGAGUGUGCGUGCCGGCCGAGGCCGUCAAUAGAUUCCAUACUGCACCCGCGAUAUUUGACCGCCAUUUUCGCGAAUUCAAUCCGAAUAAAUCGCAGCGAUCUCGCUACAGAAGUGCGAAUUAAAACCCCCAUUGUAUAGUGCGAGCGGGUCGCGCGACUUAGCCCGCGAUAUUUUUGUCGGUUGAUGUCCCCACGAGAAAAUAAUGAAAUCUCUAGUUAUGCGAUGUAUUGAUAGCCCCUUGCCGUUUUAACAGACUGUGUAGAUGUAUUCCUAUAUUUAUUCGUGAACGUUUAUCUGUGUGUGGCCCCGGUAGCUAUCCUGCGUGAACACAGCUGUCCGUUUACAGACAACGAAGACGGGGAAACUAGGUUGUUUAUAUAUUAUUCGUGUUUAGAUGUCUGUGCGUAAGUACAAAAUGGAUUAUCUAUCGUACCUACUCGUAAUGGAUUUAAUACGCUUAUAUAAAGCAAUAUGUGUUUGGGGCCUAGCCGUGUGGUGGAACGUUAGCAGUUUUGAUCGUGUCGAUGUGAACAUUCCAGUGACUGGCCCUAAAGUGGUCUCUAUGCACUCGGCCGGAUUAAAACUUCAUUUUGUAAUCAUGUGGGGUCGCCCCGAGGAUGGGUAUGGACGAAUCAGCGACACACCGCACAAUCUGAAUGCGUUUUGCUCGAAAUAGAUAUUUAUCGUAAUAGGCGUGCUCACACAAUAUUCAAUGAAAUAUAACGCAUUCGUUCUAUGUCCAUUCAAAAAUCGUUUUUAUUUAUUGGCUAGUAAGAUAUGUUUCGGUCCAAACGACAGUAUUUUGGUAUGAUGUAUCUUUAUUCGCUUAGACUUAUCAUCGUUAUACUCAGUCUUAAUCAUUCGUCGUUGCUCACAAAAAUGUACCAAAGAAUUUAUUAUAGACUUGUUCGUUUACCUGUUUGUGUGUUCGUUCGUGUAACAUUUACAAUAGGAAAUAAUUCUUGGAAACAACGGGACUAAACUGCGGGUUUAGAUUAGGAAACACUAAAAUAGAUGCUUGCAUAGAUCUAUGCAUAUUAUUUUUAAUGACGAUUUAUAUGAAUUCAAUUUAGAUCUGGCAAUUCGUUUGUUUUUUUUUUUCUAUUUUAUUUUUAUGUUCAAACACCGAACAGGUAAUCGAAGCCAAACGCCGCAGAUAUAUGGCAAUUUUAUCAGUGAAUACCUAUCAUUUUUGUUUUUCAUAUAUUAUGUAUAAUCAUGUUCAAACGAUCGGCCAGAUUUUGCGGUCGUUAUUUUGAGGUUACUUGUUAAUUAUCACCGAUAAAUAUAUACUCAAUAUAUGCAUAGUUAUUUUUAUUGUAUGGAUUAUGUAUAUGACGGUAAGUACAUUUAUAUUUGAAUAUGUUUUUCAACGUUUUUUAAGAUCUGUAAGAAAGGUUAUUGUCCUCUUUACUCAUAAAAUUGUAAAACAUCAAAUAUUUUACUAUCGAAGUGUUUUAUUUACUCUAUUUAUAUUUAUUCGAACUCUGUGCUUCGAUUUUUAAAGAUUCUCAAACUUGUUUUACAAAAUUUUAUACUCGGUCAAGUUAGCGAAGUAUGUUGCCCGACGCUUCCAAACUUAUCGUAAAUAAUUUUCAAUCUCGAAUAAAUUUAAUUAAUGAAUCUUUUAUACUGUUUCGGUUUGAAGAGUGGGAUAUGACAGUGAACUUACAAGGUACAGAGAAAUAACACCGGAGUCCUCAGGAAUGGCAACGCAUGGGGGGUAUCAUGGGUGAAACAGUAUUAGUAUACUGUUUCGCCCAUGAUCAUAACAUAGUUUUUAUGUCCAUGGUAUUGGUCAUGUUUAGGCGACGAUUACCACUUUCUAUCAGAUGGGCCCGUCAGCUUGUUUGCCAUUUUAAGUGGUAUAAAAAAACUUUGAGGACAAUAGUCCAUAGCAUAGACAAACGGUAUCUAUAAAUACGUGCUUAUUGUAUGUAUAAAAUAGAACGAGACUGCAAUAUCUGGUGUCUUGUUCUUUGGUUAUCCGCUUGUCUAUUGGUUUAUUUAUCAUUAGGUAUAUCGUUCGUGUGAUAAUUAACAGUAACCCUGUUAAAAUGUCAGUGGUAAGACACUGGCGUUUUACAAUUAUAUAGUAUUAUUUUAUAUAGUAAUGUGCCAAAAUCGGACCAUUGAAUAAAAUAUGGCUGGAUUUGAGGACGUUGAAGUAUUCUCUUUGAUUUUUACAUUAUGAAUUUAUAGUAUUUAUACCGGUUUACACGGCUGAAUCGACGAAACGCAAGUGGAUCGAGCGUUUGUAGAUUUUUUUUUUAUUUACAAUUAUUGUAGUGUUGUUACAAGUUCACUAUUGGCCGUAGCAAAAAUUAAUAUCGGCCUUAUGUCACAAUACAUAUCCCUGUCGGUACAAAGGGGUUACCUACGUUCAUAUCACCCGCGGCUCUUCCUGGCUACAUUAUUUUUAUUUUCUUUUUGUAAAUAUUUUGUUUAUGGUCCACUCGACAGGUGACCAUAGAGUUCAGCUCCGUCCUCUAUGGUCACCUUCCGUUGGCCCCAACGUAGCUUUACGGGAAAAAUGUAAUAGUGCAUGCAGUAUGCAUGUUUAUCAAAAGCCUAAGACUCGUUUUCAAUUCAAAUUAUUUAUGUAAUUUAUUGAGUAGGUAAUAUUAAAUGUUUUAUAUGUAUGUUAAUAAGCGCCCCCGUGCGGGCGGCGGCUCGAUUAGUUCACAUUAAUUUUAGUGAUGUAUAUUAUAAGUAAUAUGUUUUAGUAAUGUUGGCUAAAUGAGGCGUGGAUUAUCCACUUUGAAGAUAGCGCAGGUGGCAGCGCCAUAAGCUGUGUCUGGUUUGUGAAUUGUGUAUAUUGUGUCGCCAAUCAAGUGUACCGUCAUUUGAAGACGAAUUGUUUUUUAGGUUUUAGUUCAGGCCGCCGCCCGCACGGGGCCGCCACUUGCGAGAUAUGUUGUUAUUAGAGAAGCUAACAUUGUUCAGUGUAAAGUCUAGUCUUUAUUCUGUUUUUAUUCUCUAACUAAAAGUAACUAAAUAUUAUCGAAUUGAUAUUUAAAGAUUUUCGCGAUUUUGUUCCGCUUAAGGAACACGUAGGCUCAUGAUUAGAAUUAGUUUAUAAGUACAUUUAAUGUAUACUGUUAUUUAUCUCCCUUUCAGUAUUUGUGAUGUACGUUUUUUUUUUAUGUGAAUAUUCAUGUAAAAUGACAAGUUGUGUGACGGCUCGCUUGCUUGCAGCCGCUGAGUGGACGCGAGCCCUUGUUACGUUAGUAUGUUGUUACAGUCGAAUAUAGUGUCAGCUGGUUGCGAUUAUUGAGAAUCGUUUAUGGUAAUGCAAAUUAAUGUUGCUUUAUUACCUUUAUCAAAUAUAUAAUCCCAUAUACAAUUGA